UCACUUCCGCUUCCGGCCGCACGCGCGGCCAUUUCCACUACUUCCGUGAGACUUUGCGGUGGAUUGAGCGCUCCUUCUCUGACGUCGGUCGGCGGCGCGUCUGGAGGGGAGGCGAGCCCGCGGAACCGCAGCGAUGACUGAGGCUGAUGUAAAUCCGAAGGCCUACCCUCUCGCAGAUGCCCACCUCACCAAAAAACUAUUGGACCUCGUUCAGCAGUCAUGUAACUACAAGCAGCUUCGAAAAGGAGCCAAUGAGGCCACCAAAACCCUUAACAGAGGCAUCUCUGAGUUCAUUGUGAUGGCUGCAGACGCAGAGCCCCUGGAGAUCAUCCUGCACCUCCCGCUGCUGUGUGAAGACAAGAACGUGCCCUACGUGUUUGUGCGCUCCAAGCAGGCGCUGGGGCGGGCCUGCGGGGUCUCCAGGCCUGUCAUCGCCUGUUCUGUCACCAUCAAAGAAGGCUCCCAGCUGAAGCAGCAGAUCCAGUCCAUUCAGCAGUCCAUUGAAAGGCUCUUAGUCUAAACCGUGGCCUCUGCCACGCUCUCUCUUGCCUCCUCCCCCUCGAUUGUGUAUCAUAUUGUCUGUGUUACCAUGUAGGAUUUCCAGCUACCUUCUAUUGUUAUAAAAUAUUGUAGUAGUAAAUCUUUUUAUAUUUUUGAAUUGUU